UUCUUGUUAAGUUGACUAAUGAUAGGAGAGAUAAUCACUGUACGUCAAUCAUUUUGACUCGCUUAUUUUUUGCACUAGCAGCUUCCAAGUAAUUGUUAUUGUAAUACGUCUUGUAGUAGAAUCGUAUAUAAAUAAUACCGAGAUGAAUGAGGAAUACGAUGCUGUAGUGUUGGGCACAGGCCUGAAAGAAUGUAUUUUAAGUGGCAUGCUGUCUGUGUCCGGUAAAAAAGUGUUGCAUAUCGAUCGCAAUAAGUAUUACGGCGGAGAAUCGGCAUCUAUAACACCCUUAGAUCAGUUAUUUACACGUUUUGGUGUACCAGCCCCUGAUGAAAGCUAUGGUAGGGCACGCGACUGGAAUGUUGAUCUUAUUCCUAAAUUUCUUAUGGCGAAUGGUUUGCUUGUCAAACUUUUGAUACACACUGGAGUGACGAGAUAUUUAGAAUUCAAGUCGAUCGAAGGAAGCUAUGUAUACAAAGGAGGAAAAAUUUCAAAAGUUCCAGUGGAUCAAAAAGAAGCCUUAGCAUCAGACUUAAUGGGCAUGUUUGAAAAAAGACGAUUUCGCAAUUUUUUGAUUUAUGUUCAAGAUCUGCAAGAAGAUGAUCCAAAGACAUGGAAAGAUUUUGAUCCAGUAAAUUCUAACAUGCAAGCUUUGUAUGACAAAUUUGGAUUGGACAAAAAUACACAAGAUUUUACUGGGCAUGCUCUUGCUCUGCACAGAGAUGAUGAUUACCUUAUGUUUCCUGCUAUAAACACAAUCCGUAGAAUUAAAUUGUAUUCAGAUUCAUUAGCACGCUAUGGAAAAUCACCUUACUUGUAUCCUAUGUAUGGGUUAGGAGAGCUUCCACAAGGAUUUGCUAGACUUUCUGCUAUUUAUGGGGGGACAUACAUGCUUGACAAACCAAUUGAUGGGUUAGUUUAUGGUGAAGGUGGUAGAGUUAUUGGUGUACGAUCUGGAGAAGAAGUUGCGAAAUGUGGACAAGUAUAUUGUGAUCCUACCUAUGUACUUGAAAAAGUAACUAAAAAGGGUAAAGUGAUACGUUGCAUAUGUCUGAUGGAUCACCCUGCUCCAAACACUCGUGAUGCACUUUCUACUCAAAUAAUCAUUCCACAAAAACAAGUCAACAGAGGUUCUGACAUUUAUGUAUCUGUUAUUAGUUUCACCCAUCAAGUUUCGGCUAAAGGAUGGUUUAUAGCAAUGGUAUCUACAACAGUAGAAACAGAUAAUCCAGAAGCAGAAAUUAAACCAGGGCUUGACCUUCUUGGCCCCAUUAAACAAAAAUUUGUAUCUAUUUCUGAUUAUUACAUACCCGUGGACAAAGGAGAACAAAGUCAAGUUUUUAUAUCAGAGUCUUAUGAUGCUACAACACAUUUUGAGACCACUUGCUUAGAUGUGUUAGACAUAUUCAAACGAGGAACUGGGGAAGAGUUUGAUAUUUCAAAAAUCAAAUUAGAAUUAGGAGAUGAAGAACAAUAAAUAUUCAACAUGGUGGGUGAAGAUGAUUGUUUUAUUAUCUGGAAAUACCCGUUAAUAAAUGAAUAUUAGUGUACUUUCCUACUUGAU